CUCCCGGACUACAACUCCCAUCCUCCUCGGCCGGCUGGGGGUAAUGGGAGUAGUAUUUCGGGAGGAGAAAGGCGGCGGCGGGGAGGUUUUAUUACUUCAGCGCCCGCGGAAGAGGCUGCUUUCCUCCGCCUCUUCCUCGCAGGCCCAGCUUGCGGCCUGCUGCGGUUUCCAUAGCAACGGAUCCUUCCCUCGCUUCGCGGGCCGCCCGGAGAGGCCCAGGCCGGCCUCCGAAGACUCUGCUACCGCCAUGCUCGUGCCGGUCUUCAGCCUGAAGCUCAACCACAAAAUCCUGCCCCGCUGCGUGGCGCUGGGAAGGUACGACGGGACCCACCCGUGCCUGACAGCGGCCACGCAAGCCGGCAAGGUUUUUAUUCACAAUCCUCAUGGACGUGGCCAGCACACAAAUACAAACCGCUUGGCACUAAGUACCCAUGAUGCUGAUAUUUCUUUGCUGAACAUCAAUGAAGCCGUCAGUUGUUUGACUGCAGGGUUGUUGAACCCUGAUCUUGGCUGUGAUUCCCUCCUAGUUGGCACGCGGACCAGUUUGUUGGCCUAUGAUGUACACAACAAUGCUGAUUUGUUUUAUGCUGGGGUUCCUGAUGGAGCCAACUCCAUAGUCGUAGGAACAUUGGGAGACAUUUCCUCCCCCUUAGCAGUAAUUGGCGGGAACUGUUCCUUGCAAGGCUUUAAUUAUGAAGGGAAAGAUCUGUUCUGGACGGUCACUGGUGACAAUGUCCACGCUCUAGCCCUCUGUGACUUUGACGGUGAUGGGAAAAAAGAGCUUCUCGUUGGAUCUGAGGACUUUGAUAUUAGGGUUUUUAAAGAAGAUGAGAUUGUGGCAGAAAUGUCUGAGACUGAGAUCAUCACUGCCCUAACCGCGAUGAGCCCCACUCGUUUCGGCUACGCACUUGCUAAUGGCACGGUGGGCAUUUAUAACCAGGCAGCACGAUACUGGAGAAUUAAAUCUAAAAAUCAGGCGAUGUGCAUCAGUGCUUUUGAUAUUAAUUCCGAUGGCGUCUGUGAAUUGAUAACUGGCUGGUCCAGUGGGAAGAUUGACGCACGCAGCGAUCGAACAGGGGAAGUCAUUUUCAAGGACAACUUUGCUUCUUCCAUCGCGGGAAUCGUGCAGGGAGAUUACAGAAUGGAUGGAAGUACGCAGUUAAUCUGCUGCUCGGUUGAUGGGGAAGGUAAAAUGCCUUUGCAGAUUCAGGGGCUGCGUUCCCAUGUUCAAGAUGCGUGGCGAUGGGAGAGCUCGGUGUCUGGUGAUUCUCUUCCACAGGUGGACAGUUCUCAUUUGGUUUGUCAGAAGCUCACAGCCAACAUGGCGGACAGCUCCAACUCCAUCCGCAGCAUGCUGGUUCGUGCAGAAGAUUCCCGCCUCAUGGGAGACUGGAAAAACAUGAAAAAACGUUAUAAUGAACUGUAUGACCUCAACAAGGAUUUAUUGUCUCAGUACAAGAUUCGCUGCACCAAUCACACGGAGCUUUUAAAUAAUCUCAAAGCAAUAAAUCAGGCCAUCCAACGAGCAGGAAAUCUCCGAGUUGGUAAACACAAAAUGCAAGUGAUUGCUGCCUGCCGGGACGCUAUUAAGAACAACAGCGUUAGUAUGCUCAUCAAAAUCAUGCGCCUGGGGACAUCGUGCUCUUGAUCCGAGUGAAGAUUGGAGGCCAAAACUAGCCAAGGGAGGAGUGGAGCAGAAAGAUCUAGAGGCAGAUAAGACAGUAGAGGAUGCUGCCCGAUUAGUGCCCAGUGAAGUGCAGUACGAAAACUUCACUAGGCCUGGACGCUCGACCGCCUGUGGUAGGGGAGUGAAGGGUAGGAUGUUGACACUUUAUAAAUAUCAUGCUAGUGGAGAGAGGGCCAAGCUUUUUAUGGACAUUACAGACCAAAUCUGGGAAUUUCAGAAGCCAAAACCGCCCUGGAGGCUGUUGAUUUAAAAUAGCAACGUUUGAUCCUUCAAUAAAACUGACAGACCUCAGUCUAUCGGUAUGAUUUAAUUCACUUAGGUCAGAGGUGUGUCCAAUCUUGGCUGCUUUAAAACCUGUGGAUUUCAAUUCCCAGAAUUUCCCAGCCAGCCAUGCUGGCU